UGGAAUAUAAGAGCGAAAACAACAUAGGCAACAGUCCAUUUUCUUCAGCAACAGUGUCUCCCGACAGUGAAUAAAACUGUGUUUUCGCGACACUAUUAGUAGAUUUUCCAGUGAGACCGCCUGUCUAUUUUUGUGGGUUUGUAAAAAGCUGGCUUUUACUUUCAUUUGCUCACUCUUUUCCUGCUUCUCCUCAUGACAGAGGUGUUUCUCGCAACCUGGUGAACAGACUGGAAAUUCAACAUGCCAAAAGGAGAAAAUAAAACAGCUUCAGGCAAAGUUUUUGACAACGACAGCGUUGUCACCGUGGUGCUGCUGGGACAAAACAGCACUGAUAAAUGCCUGAUAGGGAACACCAUGCUCGGAUAUAACUGCUUCCAGCCAGGAAAGUCCAUGUAUCAAAAGGCUCUGGGAAGAAUGAGGGACGAGCUGCUCUACAUUAUAAACACCCCAGAUCUUUUCUGGAGACUAUGCCAAGAACCAGAAGCUAACACUAUAGAAGAGAUGAAGCCAUCGUACACAGGUCCACGCAUGUUCCUCCUGGUACUCCACGAUAAACAGCUCUCCCAAGAAGAGGUGGAGAUGUUCACCCAACUGAAGGAGAGAUUCGGAGAGAGAAUGACGAAAAACAUUACCGUAGUUUUGAUCGACAGCAGAGAGACAUCAAGACAGUCCUGCAACAUAGAGGAUAUUUACCUCAAACAGAUUUUACGUGAAUGUGAUGAGAGAAUUUGCGUCUUCAGCAAAGAUGCGGCAGAAUCAGAUCUGGUCAGAGAGCUUUUGAUACAUAUUACAAAAACGUCAGAGAAGCUAGAAGUUGACAGUGGCAGAUUAUAUGAAGACAUGAGCAAGCAUGUUCAUCAGAAGGAAAAAGAUGAGACAGAACAUCAGACAAUUCCAGGGGAGAGUGUGAAUGUUAAGCCAUUUGAAGGUGACUACAAGAUCAUCACCAUGGUGCUUCUGGGAGUGAACAGCAGUGACAAGUGCCUGAUAGGGAACAGUAUUCUCCAGCAUGACUGCUUCAUCGCUGGAAAAGCCAUUUGUGAGAGGGUUGUGGCUAGAGUAGCCGAUCAGAUGGUCUGUAUUGUCAAUACCCCUGACCUUUUCCAUAAACCGGGCCCAGAUCCAAUAGCUGACAGUAUGGAGGAGAUGAAGCCAUCAUACGCAGGCCCACGUGUCUUCAUCAUGGUACUGCAGGAGAAAACUCUUUCACAGGCAGAGAUGGAGAUGUUCGCCCAACUGAAGGAGAGAUUUGGAAAGAAACUGAUCGAAAACAUGUUUGUUGUGACAAUAGGUAGCAAUGAAAGUAACUUAAGAGAGACCUUUGAAGCUGAUAAGACCCUCAAAAAGAUUCUACAUGAGUGCAAGGGGACAAUUUAUGUUUACAGGAGUAAUGUGAAAAGCACUGAGCUGGUCGAACUGCUUAUAGGACAAAACAGCAACACACAGGAAUCUGAGAAAAACUGAAUAUUAUGGAUCAGCUCAGCGUGUUACUGAAGUCGUGCCAUAAAACUGAUUUUGUCGAGAUAUGAUCGGUGUAAUGUCUAAGUGUAACCAAAAGAUGGUGCAAUAAACAUAUGUAACAAUUCCUUCAUGCAAUCUUAAUAUAUCACGCAUCUGAAAUAAAUCACUGUUCAAACAUA